AAUUGUUCUCCCGUCUUCUAUUUAACUUGAGAUUUUACACACUUACACUAAAAUACACACACUUACAGAUGUACAUUGAUAUUAGCGUUGGUCUGUGAAGACAUAACUCGCAGCUGCGUCGAAAUUCAUGGAUUUUAUCGGCUGGAGGCUACGCUAACUACAUGGGUGUCAAAGGUCUUCAGGGCUUUAUCUACAACUGCUGCCCAGACGUGUGUACCGCUGUGAACCUGAGGAGUCUAGCUGCACAGCAUGUUGUCCAGAAUACCGACACAGCCACAAGUGCAGGUCCCACACUGGUUGUGGAUGGGAUGGCCUGUUUGAGACAUUGGUACAGAUGUAAGAACUGGGUUUGUGGAGGUCAGUGGAAGGAAUACGUGGAUAUCUUGAGGAACUGGGUGGAGGCCUUUAAAUCUGCAGGCAUCCGACUGGUGUUCAUCUUUGAUGGCGUGGUGGAAGAAAAAAAAAGGCAAGAAUGGGUGAAGAGGAGGCGCAGAGUAAACGGGGAAAUUGCUAAAAUAUUUCGUCACAUAAAGACACACGGAGAGCAGCCUGAUAAAGAGCUUUUCUGUCUGCCCUCUGGUCUGUCAAUGUUCUCAUGCUUCGCUCUCAGGUCAUUGGGUCAGGAAGUGUUCUGCUCAGUGACUGAGGCUGACCAUGAAAUUGCCAACUAUGCCCAUGAGCAUGGCUGCAUGGGAAUCCUGGGACAGGACUCAGAUUUUAUUAUAUACAACAGUGCCCCUUACUUUUCGGUGGAGAAGUUGAGAAUAAACAGCCUCACCACCAUCCUGUACGACAGACAGAAGUUUUGCCAAGCUGUUGGACUGACUGUUAACCAGCUGCCACUGCUGGCUUGUAUACUUGGUAAUGAUGUGGUAUCACAGGAGCAGAUGCAGCACAUCAGGAAUAGAGCACUGGCAACACACAGGGAAAAGCAUUCCAUGUUGCCCUACAAUGCUAAGGGGCAGCUUGUCCUGGCAGUAUCUGAAUUUGUGAGAUCUUUGUGGGGCAGCGAGGAGACGAAGCUGGGUGACAUCCUGCAGGCUCUGGAUUUAUCCGAUUCUCAGAGAGAGCUGCUGAAGAAAGGGAUCAAGUCGUAUUUACUACCUGGACAGGAAGCACUUGACAGAGAUGACGUCUCUGUACGCCCCUCUGCCUGUGCCUUCCAGAAAUACGUCAGUCCAGAAAUAUUUAAGGCAUGCAGAGAGAAGCAUGUAGCAACAGAGGGUUUUAUGGUUUACCUUGUUGUGUGCGAGGGAGUCAUUGAAUGCAGCAACACUUUGGAGGAUGAGGAGGAUUCUGAACUGAUACCGCAGGCUCUGGUCUACAAACCCUGCAGACGGAACAUCUACGGACUGCUCCUGGGCUCUGACGGCAGCUCUGUUGACCCUCCAGUGAUUCGUGAAUGGUUUGUUUACCCGGGAAACCCUCUGAAGGAACCGGACUUAGUUCCACCUGCUCAGCUCAGCCUGCCACACGGUCGUCCCAGUCUGGACUUGCUGUGGUUCGGCGCUGGUUCUGACGUUAGUUCCCUCCGCUUGAUGACCUUUCUUGCCAUUUUCGACUGCCAAGAAUUUUCUGAUCUGCAUGGAACCGUUGAGGUGUCGCUGCUGGCUGCCCUGUGUUUGGUGACCUAUAUUGUCAGACAGGUGACGUCUGUGUCUCAGGAGGAUGUGGAUGCUUACCUGAGUCAGUGUGUCUGUUUGGGACAGAGAUCAUCUCAGGACCUCCAGCAGAUCAAGCUGCCCUACAUCUGCAGUCGUGCGGUGCAGCUGGGAUCUCUCUACGUCCGAGGUCUGAACCUUCUGCUGGGAGCUAACUGUGCCAGCGGCUCCCCGCUGCCCAAUGCUGCCCUAAUGCCCUGGCACAUCUUCGACGGACAACUGUUCCACUCCAAAUACCUGCUGGCACAUGGUGGUGCAGAGCGUCCCCUGCUGCUGGACAACGACGCCUCGUGUCUGUCCUCGUUUCUGCUCCUGAGAGAGAAACUUACAGAAAUCUGCAGGAAGAGAGGCCGAGUCCUGGAGUCCAGACCAGACGCAGGAGCUCAACGUCAUAGGAGCAGAGCAGGACCUGCAGACAGAGAGAGACAGACAGACUGGCACUCUGGUGGAAGACAGCACUGGAGGGAGAGGGGGAGGGGGAGAGGAGAGACGAUGGGACAGCCUCCACACAGAGGAGGAUGGAGAGACCGAGGCGAGUGUGGAACACAAGAGAAAAGCUGGAGACGAGGCGAUGGUCACGACUUUCACCCUCACGUUCACCCACAGAGCCACGGCCCAGGUCCACACAACACCAGUCGACCCCCCCAACAGUACCACUCACAUCGCAGCAGGGGGCGUUACCAACGAGGCCCUCGGUGGACUCAGCCUCCCGCUCCAGGAACAUGACACGGGGGAUUAAAGGAGAGAGAUUCAGGAGUUAAGAGGAUGGGAAAAAAAACAUGAUGAAAGCAGAGAAAGAAUCAAAUUUCUUUGAACAAACUGAUUAGUGAGGGAGGGGUUUGUGUCAACGAUGCUCAUGGCAGAGAUUAGGACGGGUCGGUGAAGAGAGGGAGAAGGAGGAGGAAAUUUAUUUUGCUUCUUUAAACUGAAUUUUCUGUUUGUCUUUAAAGUGGCUUCACUUUUAAGUCCCUUUAUCUUUGAGGAAACGUCUUACUUUGACUCUGUGAAAUGUGCCACAUCAGCCUCACACUGUGGAAGAGCGCGCAGCCAAUCAUCGGUUAAUCCUCAGCUCUUAUCUCUGACAGUAAAAGGCUGAGAUCUUAAAGCUCUGUGUGUUCUCUGACAAUAUCCUUUCAAAGGCACAGUUUUAGGUAGAAUAACAGUAACUGAAUAUCAGCCCGAGCCGACCAUCAGUACUGCGUCUGUAUACAGUACACCUCCAUAAAGUGUAACUAGAGACCUUUCUCACCAAUCAGUGAUGUUUGGAAGAAAAUAUAGAGCUUCUUUUCUUGCAGUAUUGCAUUAGUGAACAAUGGGAAAACAGCCCAGUCAUUGUGUCGGAAUAAUGUUGGUGAAAAUGGGCUAAAAAAAUGCAAAAUGAUUGGGUUUGUUUUAUUGUCUGCCACAUAUGGACUCGAUACUAUUUUUUAAAAAACAAACAAUUUGAUUUUCACUUGUGCACUGAUGUGUACUGAUACUCCAUUAAUAUGCAGUGAACCAAAGGACAGUGUUAUAUACACUCAGUGUUUAGACCCAAGUCCAUGCCAAACCACAGUGAGGACAGCAAGCAGGAAAAUGUUCACAGCCAGUUUUAUUUUCUUCUCAUUAACAGAAAAAAUAUUUUAAGCCUAAAAGUGAAACAAGUUGUUCUGUAUUUAACAAAAAAAGUAUUCGCAUCAGACAAUGUUUCCAUGAGAGACAACGAAUCAGUAAAAACAAAGGAAAACAUAAAUAAAAGUAAUGUUAAAAUAAAGAUUUCUGCUCAGUUGACACGGCCAACUGAACAGACAAUUUAAAAAAAACAUAAUUUUUUUUACUUGAUGUGACAUAAUAUUUUAAGUCAAAUAAACAAAUAUUUUAUAAA